AUGGAAGUCGCCAACCAGAUCUCCAAGGGGCUGGCCAAGAAGUGCGUGGUGGCCAAAGUGGACGGCUGCGUGUGGGACUUGCUGCGCCCGCUGGAAGGCGACUGCGCGCUGCAGCUUCUAUCCUUUGAAGACGCAGAGGGCAAGGAGGUGGCGCAGAAACGGGCGGGGCAGGCUGAGUUUGGCGCCCAACCGGCCAUUGGGCCCCGUUCGGGAAGAGGGUUUCUAUAUGGAUUGCUCCUGGGGGACAAAGAGACCAUCAAGGAGCGGCAGGUGUUUGAGCGUGUGGUGGUAAGCAGGGAGGAGGCGCUGUCGAUGUUUGAGGAGAACAAGUUCAAGGUGGAGAUCAUCAGCGACCUGCCGGCAGACGCCGUCAUCUCGCUUUACAAGGUCGGCCCCAUGGUGGACCUGUGCCACGGCCCGCACGUCCCCAACACCGGCCUGCUCAAGGCGCGUGCCGACGUCAACCGCGAGCCGCUGCAGCGAGUAUAUGCCAUCACCUUCCCUGACGAGAAGGAGCUGAAGGAGUACCAGCACCGCAUGGAGGAGGCCAAGAAGCGGGACCACCGCAACGUGGAUUUCAUGCGCCAGAAGUACUGGGAGUAUGGGUACGAGGAAGUUGUCACGCCCAACAUCUUCAACUUUGACCUGUGGAAGGUCUCAGGCCAUGCCGACCACUACCGGGAAAACAUGUUUUUGUUCUCGGUAGAGAAGGCGGAGUGGGGGCUUAAGCCCAUGAACUGUCCAGGUCACUGUUUAAUGUUUGCCAACCGCAACCGCUCGUACCGCGAGCUGCCGCUGCGGCUGGCCGACUUUGGCGUUCUACACCGCAAUGAGUUCAGCGGCGCGCUGCAGGGGCUGACCCGCGUGCGGCGCUUCCAGCAAGAUGACGCCCACAUCUUCUGCAGGCAGGACCAAGUCAAGGCGGAGAUUUCGUCCUACCUCAAGAUGAUGGGGGAGGUGUACGACGCGUUUGGGCUGGACUACAAGAUGGCGCUGUCCACUCGGCCGGAGGGGUACCUGGGCGAGCUGGAGGUGUGGAACCAGGCGGAGGCGGCGCUGGAGGAGGCGCUGAACGCCACUGGGCGCGAGUGGGAGAUGAACCCUGGUGAUGGCGCUUUCUACGGCCCCAAGAUAGACAUCACUGUGUUUGACGCGCUGCGCCGCAAGUACCAGUGCGCCACCGUGCAGCUCGACUUCCAGUUCCCCAUCCGCUUCAACCUCGAGUAUGUAGCUGAGGACGGCAGCCGCCAGCGGCCCGUCAUCGUGCACAGGGCCAUCCUGGGCAGCGCGGAGCGCAUGUUUGCCAUUCUGACCGAGCACUGGGGGGGCAAGUGGCCGCUGUGGAUCUCACCCCGCCAGGUCAUGAUCGUGCCCAUUUCAGAGGCUGUGUACGACUACGCAAGUGCGGUGCGGCGGCAGCUGCGCUCAGCAGGCUUCCACGUGGAUGCCGACAUGGCGGACCGCAAGAUGCAGAAGAAGGUCCGGGAGGCGCAGUUGUCCCAGUACAACUACAUUCUGGUGGUGGGUGAGGAGGAGAGGGUGGCCGGCACCGUCAAUGUGCGCACCCGCGACAACCAGGUGCACGGUAUGCACUCGCUGGCGGGGGUGAUCGAUGUGAUGAGCAGGGAGAGGAGCAGCCGCAGCCAGGUGGGCCUGUUUGGUGAGGACAAGGCGGCGGCGGCGGAGCCAGCAGCAGACGGAGCGGAGCAGUAA